AUGACAAACGUUUAUAAAAUUGAAAAUCUUGAAAAUCUUUUACAAUGUGCAAUCUGUCUUGAUCGAUUUCAAAUACCAAAAGUUCUUUCUUGUCAACAUACAUUUUGUUUAGCAUGUUUACAAAGAAUGUACAAUAAUCAAAAUCGAACAUUAUCUUGUCCAACAUGUCGGAAAGUAAUCAAUUUAAGACAAGGUCCCGAUGAAUUACCUAGUAAUCUCUUACUAAUUAGUUUAAUGGAUGUUCAACCCGUAAAAGCAAAAUGUCCAUGUUGUCAGAAAGUAGAAAACUUAACUAUAUGUGAACAUUGUAAUUGUACAGAAUGUACUGAUUGUAAUGAAAAACAUAUUAGUGAGAUUAGACAAUCAACAAAAGCAAAACUUGAUGAAUUGCAAAAUACAAGUCAAAAUGAUUUAAAAGGUUUUCUAAAAAAAGAUACUUUUCAAAAGCAUGUUGAAAAUGAUCUUCAACCACUUGAACAAUCUAAACUUGAGUUAAUUGGAAAAAAUUAUCAUCUCGAAAGUAAAAAUGAACCCGAAUUAAUCAAUUUAUUAACAAAAGUAUCUGAUAUUCAAUUGCGGCUAGCUGAUAAACUUGACGAACAUCAAAGAUAUUUAAAUUCAAUUGAAAUAUCUUUACAGUACGAUCAAGAUCGACUUGAUCAAAUUCAUAAAAUGUGUAAUAAUAUUCAAUUAAAUAUCACCAACACAAAUGAUGAUAAAUCUAAUCAACAAACUAAAUUAUCUAUUCCGUCUGAGCAAACCUAUAUAACAUUACGAACAUUUCUUAAUCAAGAAUAUAAAUGUCGAAUAUCAUUAGAUAAAACAAUAUAUGAAUUAAAACAAAUUUUUGGUAAACAAGAACAUAUUGACCCAAAUCAUAUAACAUUAACAAAAACUGGUAAUUAUUUUGAUCAACUUGAUGAUAAACGAACAUUAAAAUCUUAUGAUUGUGAUUCAACAACUGUUCUUAUGAUUUGUAUUCGAAAAUGA